ACUGCAGCUUUAAAAGGUUGGAUGACUUCCUGCUCAUUGGACACACUUCUCCUUCUUCCUCGCAGUCAAGUGACUUCCUGGCUUCACUUUCACUCAGUGUAUGGAAAUGGAGGACCAAAUGGAGAGCCAGAAGAGACGGGAGGCCAGCAAAGACACUUUAAUAUCUGACCGGACUGGAUCCUUGGGAUGUGCAGGAUGGUUCAUCGUCAUAUUGGUUGGCUUCUUUACAAUUUGCCUUUUCCCCAUCACUAUUUGGUUCUGUCUGAAGAUAGUUCAAGAGUACGAGCGUGCAGUCAUCUUCAGACUAGGCCGGAUCACAGACAGGAAAGCAAAAGGACCAGGAAUCUUCUUCAUUUUACCCUGCACUGAUUCGUUUAUCAAAGUGGAUUUGAGGACAGUUUCAUUUGACAUCCCUCCGCAAGAAAUUCUGACUAAGGACUCAGUGACAGUGAGCGUGGACGGCGUGGUCUACUUCCGCGUCAGUGACCCCAUCGCUUCCGUGGCCAAUGUGACCAACGCUGACUUUGCCACCCGUUUGCUAGCUCAGACAACCCUCAGAAACGUCUUGGGGACCAAGAACCUGGCUGAGGUGUUGUCUGACCGCGAAGGCAUUGCUCACUACAUGCAGUCCAACUUGGAUGAAGCUACCGACAACUGGGGUAUCAAGGUGGAACGUGUGGAGAUUAAAGACGUGAAGCUCCCCCAUCAGCUGCAGAGAGCAAUGGCGGCUGAGGCUGAGGCUUCACGAGAGGCCAGGGCAAAGGUGAUAGCCGCUGAGGGUGAGAUGAACGCAUCUCGCGCCCUGAAGGAGGCUUCUCUCGUCAUCUCUGAGUCUCCAUCAGCUCUGCAGCUUCGUUACCUGCAGACCCUCAGCACCAUCGCAGCUGAGAAGAACUCCACCAUCAUCUUCCCCUUGCCUAUGGACGUCAUCUCCCACUUCAUGCGGAAGUGACCCCUGUUUGCAUGACACUUGAUUUGAAUGCCUACACAUAUUUCAUCCACAACAAAAGGACAUAUUUUAUUUUAAUUUGUUUAUUAUUUCAUUGCAUGUUUUGACAAUUCAAAUUUAUAAACUUUCACGCUAACUGUUGUAACCGAAGAGAGUUUGUCAUUUGUUGAGUAAUUCAUAACCUGUUCCAAAUGCGACAAAAUUUGAUAAAUACAUUUUAUAUAAUUACUUAAAUGUCCCAAUAAUUAAUUAUAAUUGGAAAUAAAUGUAUAUACGUGUUAUUAAAGGUGUCAUUUAAUCAUUUCAUGACUUAAUUGAUUUGAUAAUUUUGUAAUUUCAAUAAUUACUUCUCAAUUAGUAAAUUAACAAUUUGCUUAUUUAAGGACUUAUUUAAUGAUUUAAUUGAUUAAACAAAUAUUUAACUCCUUUUUCAGCGCUUUGUGAAUUUUGACGGCUGAGUACACACAUAAAAUAUAUUAUUGAAGUGCUGACGAGGACCAAAUGGGACAACAAUAAAUAAAUAUUUAAAUAAUUCAAACAAAUGUGUUAUUCCAUCCAUGCAUCCAUCCAUCCUCUACCGCUGGUCCCUCUCGGGUUUGCUGGAGCCUAUCUCAGCUGCAUCAUGUCUGGUCAUACAUUAAUAAGACAUCAAUGUAUUUAAUCCACCUAUUAUUAAUGAAACUUUUAAGUAAUUAUUUAAAAUGUAUUUAUUUAAAGUUGUCCCAUUUGGUCCUGCCUUGAUGGAGGAAGUAAACCUUAAAGCAAAUUAUUAAUAUUACAAUACAAUAAUUUUACAUUAGGCAUAUUGUGAAGGUAUAGAAGACUAAAACCAAGUGUGGAUGAGUCCAAGCUUGUCUGGAUACAUUUUUGAAUAAAUGUCCAUCCAUUAAUUUUCUACCGCUUGUCCAUUUCGGGGUUGCGGGGGGUGCUGGAGCCUAUCUUAGCUGCAUUCGAGUGGAAGGUGGGGUACACCCUGGACAAGUCGCUACCUCAUCACAGGACCAACACAGAUAGACAGACACAUUCACACUCACAUUCACACACUAGAGCCAAUUUUAGUGUUGCCAAUCAACCUAUCCCCAGGUGCAUGUCUUUGGAGAUGGGAGGAAGCCGGAGUACUCGGAGGGAACCCAUGCAGUCACGGGGAGAACAUGCAAACUCCACAAAGAUCCCGAGCCCGGGAUUGAACUCAGGACUACUCAAGACAUUUGUAUUCUGAGGCACAUGCACUAACCCCUGUUCUACCGAGCUGCCUGAAUAAAUGUAAAUUUCAAUAUUUUUUUCAAUUAAUAAAUCU